AUGGCCGUUCCGUCAAUCCGUCUUGCCACUGGAGCAAAAAUGCCAAUCAUUGGUCUUGGCAUGUGGCUGUCUAAACCUGGAGAAGCAGCUAAUUCGGUACGCUAUGCGUUGAACAAUGGCUAUCGACUGAUUGACACGGCCGCAUGCUACUUCAAUGAGCAGGAUCUCGGGCAAGUUCUGGAUGAGGAAUACAUCAAGCAGGGAAAGUUGAAGAGGGAGGAUGUCUUCAUCACCACAAAAGUUAGACGAUUUUUCACGUUUUUUCCGCACCUUUAG